UCUGUCAUUCGCGCUUUUACCAUCUCCACUCGUCAUAAUUGUCGUACCCUCUUUCCCCUUCGCCUCUCUGUAUAAACAUGUUCAUGUUUCUCAUCAUCUCUUGACGAGUUCUAGGGGCUCGUUUAUAUUUGUUCUCCAAGAUUCAACGAGCUUAGUUCUUCUCAACCUGCAAAAUUCGCAUUUUCCCCAGAAUCUUCCUCUUUUGGACCUUUUCUUUUCUUUUCUUUUUCUUGCUCUGUUUCGCCCUGUAUAUACCAUUCGCUCGCUCGCUCAUGGCGUAUCAGCCGGUUCCGAGUGGUGUUCAGCUCGAGUUUGUGUACUCUCCCUUUGGAGAUACCACUUACACGAAGGUGUUUAUUGGGGGUUUAGCUUGGGAGACGCGGAGCGAGACGUUGCGCGGACAUUUCGAGCGGUUUGGUGAGAUUUUGGAGGCUGUUGUGAUCACUGAUAAGAACAGUGGACGAUCCAAAGGCUACGGUUUUGUGACUUUCCGAGAUCCUGAGAGUGCCAGGAGAGCAUGUGCUGAUCCGACUCCAAUUAUCGAUGGCAGGCGGACAAACUGCAAUUUGGCGUCUCUAGGACGGCCUCAACUGCCUCUCUUUAAUGGGCAUUUAAGACCAGUGCCAGCCUAUGGUGGAGGUGUGCAUGCCGCUGGAGGAACUCAUCUUGGUAGGAUUGGCUACCAGCAGCCUGUUUCUUACAACUUUCAACACGGACAUGUUUACCCUCCUCAUGGAUAUACAGCAUAUGGGCCCGAAUACAUCACGCAACCGGGUGUGUACAACCCUUAUAUGGGUCAGCAGUACCUUCAGAUGUAUGGAGAUCUGAGGCCAGUUAACGCAAGCAUUAACCCUUACGGACAGUGUGGCCCGUUUGUUCUCAGCAGUAACGGUUAUACAACAGUUCAGAGGUAUGCAAUACCAGGGCAUCAGAUCGUGCAAUACAGUGGACCCAGUGUAUAUGCAUUACCAACUUCAUCUGUGCCUGCAAUAAUCCAAGCAUCAUACCCUGCGGGUAUUCCUCCACCUAUUCAUUCUCAGCCACCAGUGUUGGUGCCUGCUCCUACCCCUCAAUUUAUUCAAGGCAGUGGUCUUGAGAAUCUUAAUCAGACAGCUGCCUGAGGGAUUGGCACAAGUUGUCUUUUAAUACAGAUGAGACAGAGAGCAGCAGAACCAGAACUUGCAGUGGUGAAUUUGAUCUAGCCUCGCAUAUUGUCAAUGUCGCAUUUUAGAGGUCGAAGUCAAGUCAUCUUCAUUAGGAAUCCAAUGUCGAAGUAGUUUUGAGCUCCUUACGGGGAGGAGCACGGAGGACGCACAUCGCUCUUCCUGCACGGUAUCUUUACUCUUCACGACUGCUUGUGCUCGGUAUCAUAGCGGGUGCGCGCGGAUCCAUGGAUGCUGGAAGCGGCUUUUCUCGCAACCAAUGGACGUAUGAAUUCGUUAAGUGUCAUGCUUUGUUGUACUUUCGGUAAGUUCAUUUUUUGCGCCACCACGCACGAUAGAGGUUAGGAAUUUCAUGGAAGCUGAAAGCAUUGUGCUGGAAGCCCGACAAGAUUCGAAGCAGAAAAAAUAUUUUUUUGGCCUUGAUUUGCUACGGUUUGCCCACAAUUUAUCCUUCAACUCUCUGCCUGUAUUCGUUUAUAACUCUAUCAAUUGAUUUAUCUAUGUCAGUGGAAGAUACUCUGGUCGCUCUUGUGAGCAUGGGGAUGAGGAAGUAAAUGAUAUUUGUUGUGCAUUUGCAUAUGA